GACACACACAUGGACUACAACCUGUCUGCCAUUAGGCAGCAGCUUCAAGGGCACAGGCAGCCAAAGGGGAAGAGGGCUGCUACACCUUCCUCUCCCCACGACACAUCAGCACUUGGCACAGGGGAGGCUCCAUAGCACGCUCACAAAUCCACAACUAAAGACUUAAAUCCCAAGUUGCAGCAGGCAGAGAAGGGGAGGGCAGUUAUCUAAGGCUCUCAGCACCCCCCUGUGCCUUGUUGGAUCAUGGAGCUGCACUGUCUUACUACUGAGACCCCAACCACAGCCAGCUCCUGCUCCACGGACCCCCUGUACGACAACUGCCCACCUUUUGCCAAGCCAGGGAGGGCCAGGGGAAAGGAAAUGGAGAGUAGGGUUGUGUGCCCGGCUGUAACCAGACUCCCAGACCCCUGCAGCCCUCAGCCUGGUCUGGCCCCAGCUGUGGCUAAGGUUCCCACACUGGUCGAUGGAGAAAGAGGGACUGGCGCCCGGCCAGAUCACAGCUACUGCAGCUGGAGAGGAGGCCUGGGAAGACAGGGCUGGGAAGCAGAGCUGGGUCCAGGCAUAAACAGAGCAAGAGGAGGAGAGAGAGGAGGAGGACAGAUAGGUAGCUGGGGAGUUGAAGACAGAGCUCAUCUGAACCAGAGCCCCAAUCCAUCCCAGAGCGAGGAGCACAGGAGUGCUCUUUCUCUGUACGAUAACCUCCCCGACGCUGUCACCCCCGACAGCCUCCAAGAAGUCUUUGACAUGGAAACGAGCUUCCAGGGGCACUGGCAGGAGCAAAUGUACAAAGCAUGGGCCCCUGAGCAGAUCCAGGGACUGAUGGACGUCGAGGGAGCGAGUGAAGACAAGAGCAACUGGUCCUCUUGUGAGAUCAUCCUCGCCGAAAGCGGUUCCAGUAACCAGGACCAGAAUCCAGUCCAGGACAAGAAGCAUGACAAGGAGCUAGAGCUGGACUCGGGAUCCUGUGGAUUUAAGCAGAGGGACCCAAUGCCACCUCCCCCACGUCUUACAGGAAGUUCCCCUCAGCUAUCCCAAGCUGGGUGCCAGGUUCUGUGGCCCCCAGCUGAAGCCCAGCAGCCAUCCUGGUCUCCCAGGGUGCCUCCUCCCGUCCCCCUGGCAGACCCCUCCGCCAGUGCCCUCCGCAGCGUCCUCACUAGUCUCCAACAGCAAAUAGUCCGACAGAGGGAGGAGUACGAGGCACGAAUACUCAGCCUAGAGCAAAGAAAUGAAGAGCUGCAGGUCGAGGUUGUUCGGUUGAAAACAAACCUCACACAGCAGCGACACUGGUACCAGGCUGUCCAGGCUAAGAUCACCGAGUCUGAAAUGAGCCGGGCCGCCGCAGAACUACGCAAUGCAAGUCUGCAGAAGGAGAUGGAUCAGUUCUUUGACACCUUCGGAGAGCUCAACAAUGAAGCCAAGAAGACAGAAUAUAUCGUCAAGAGCUUUUGAUAAAAUAAUACAUGAAUUGUUUGUGAUGAUACGAACAGUGUGUGCAAAAAGGAGAAAAGGGCACAAGACUGGCUAGUCUUUAAACUCUCGAUAGGAUCACGUAUAGUAGUUUGUCACUAUCUACGUGGAAUAUUUCCUUCCCUAAUUAGGAAAAAGAUGUAGUUAUUUCUAUUCUAUUCUUAGUUAUUCUAAUAAUCUGAGAAAUAUACAAAAUAAUCACUGAAAGAAAAUGAUCACUGAUGUCCACUUUAUUAGUUAAGGGCAGAAGAUGUUGGCCAGGUGAUUAUAUUGUAGUCAUUGCAUUCACACAGGACAUCUCUGAAAAUAAAAGGAGAGAGAAACUAAACAAAAAUGUUGAGAUGCACAGUGCAUGCAAUGGAGCUUUUUUCUGUUUUAAACAUGGUAAAAGAGGUUCUGAGCAUCCUUAUCUGAUAUGAUUUGUGGGAGUAAAUGUGCCACUCCUCAGGUCAUUUAAGGCAUGACUAAAAGAAGAAGGUCAUGGGUUUUGAAAAGGAAAAUAUGGUGUACAACAAUAAAGUCCUCAGUGACUCCA